UUAUAUUUGUUAGAAAGAAUCGGUCUAAUUUUUCUACGCGAGUGUUUAAAUAAGGAAAAAUUAGAGGAGACAAGGUAACGACUCUUCUGAAAGGGCGUCACAAAAGAUCUCAAAAAUUCACAAUAAAGCAUUGACUUCUUUGGUUCAAUUCUUUGCAAAUCCGUGACGCAGGAGUGUACGAGACAAAGGACAGAGAGAGAAGGACCGCUACCAUCGGUCCAAUAAAUCGUAAUGAACCCUCUGCGCUCGCGUCGAUUUUAAUUGGAACGGCGAUUUAAUUGGAGGCAAUUAAAUGUAAUCGCGCAAUGAAUCGGGGUUAAAUUUAUCUCGCGCUCCAAUAAAAUCGAUAAUUUACGUCAGACGUGCAACGUUUCGCGAGUUGUACGAUUGCGAGGAGAAAGCGGAAAGGGAGAGAGAGUGAGAGAAAGAGAAAGACCAACCUCGAGGGCGUUACGUUUUAUUAUUCUUCGCGUCUUAUUUCGUUUCUCGUUGCGAUUUUCGUCCCCGGCGAAAACUCGUCUGGUCGGUCUCAUCGUCUCGUCGUCCGGGUAAUUGGACUCCCUUCGGGGUCGUCGACGAGGCGCAAGGAAAAGAAAAUCCGUGUAGCGACGCGCUCCGAUUGUACCGCGCUCGGGCUCUAAAUGACGACGCGAGAAGAUAUCGGGGGUAAUUUCGUGGCCGACAAUUCGCACGGCGACAUCAUCGGACCUGGUCCAAUUAACGGCGAAGGAUCCUCGUGCUCCGAGUUCGCCUCGUAUAUCCUCUCGUAGAGAAUCCCACGAUCCUUACCCGUACACACGUAUACAUUGAUCGCCGACUCUUUGGUCCUUUGUUUCGUAUCCGUUUAGUUGGAAGACGCGAUGCGUUUCUGCGGUGAUAAGAUAAAAUACACCGAACGGUAUUUUUACCAAACCCCGAGUUUCUCGCACAAGACACUUUACCAGUAAUCUACUCGUCUUAGAGCUGUUAGAGGUCCAUCCAUGGAUUUCGUGAAAAACAGAAGGAGCUCUAAGAAUGUCAUGAAACAAGAAAAUAGAGAAACUUUUUUCUGUUGGCGAGAGCACAUUUCUUUUUCACAUGUAUUACUUAUAUACAAUGACUUUAUAAAACUAUUAGUCCUCAAUAAUUUCGAUUUAUGUAUAAAAUUUAAUAUGUGCAAUGACGACAUGAGAAUUGGAUUGGUUUUUUUUGAAGGAGAGGGGGGGGGGCGAUAAAACGUCGUAGAGAUCGGUCUGAAUUUCAUCGGAUAAGUGAAGGGCUAUAGAGUACAUUUUAGUGUUUCGCGUGAUUGUACAAUGUGUGAGCGCAUCGUCGACGCAAUUUGUAAUAUCGGUUCUGUUUCUGUAUAUUCAGAAUGAAAAUUCCAUCGUUCGCCGUUCAUUCCCCGCAACGGAUCGCGAAUAAACGCGCAAAAGCGGAAAGUCCACGCUCGCGACACAAUGCGGAAGUUCGACACGACUGUCAGUGACGCAGUAACAUCCACCUUCACCACUUUUUUUUUUCACUUCCUCACCCGCGGAGAAGCUCACAAUAGUUGUUUCCAACGUCGAGUUGAUACCAUCUCCUCUCCACAUUCCUGCUUCGCCGUGCUUUCCCGUGCUUCAGAACUAUGUCGACGACGGUGCUCUUCCUUAUAUCGUCCCAUGGUCGGGUAUUGUCCGUUGACAAUGGUCGAGUCGAUCUGCAAUCUUCUUCGGGAAAUGAGAGUCCACUUCGCGUCUCGGAAAUGAGGAUAUGCAUCGUUCUUCACCGAAGAGCCAUCCUGACGAAUCCUGACCUGCUGGCGAGCACGCCUUGGUACCGGUUGUUCGAGAAUGACUUCUGGGGAACACCAUUGACGGAACGUGGCUCGCACGGAAGCUAUCGACCGCUCUGCGUGGCCACCUUUCGUCUGAAUCAUUUUCUGGGUGGCCUCGAACCUUGGGGCUACCACCUGGUGAACGUGGCGUUACACGCCGCCUGCACCGUUCUCGUGGUCAAGGUCGCCCGAAAGGUCCUACCAGGAAGGAGCAAUCUCGCGCACGCGAUCACGGGUUUCCUGUUUGCGGUCCAUCCCAUUCACAGUGAAGCUGUGGCCGGUAUAGUCGGACGUGCCGACCUUCUUGCCUGUUUCCUGACCUUGACAUCUUUCCUGACGUACUCGGCCCAUUGUAAUCGCACGAGGUCGCCGUUUCCUCUGCUGCUGGCCCUGGUGUCGUCGACGUUGGCCACCCUCGCUAAGGAAACUGGCAUAUCGUCUCUGGCUCUCUGCCUUCUGUGGGAGCUCUGUCGUGGCGAGCCAAGUCGAAAGGGCAGCUGCGGAUUCACCCGGGGUCGCAGCGUCGGCAUACUGUCGGGCGGUCUCGCGCUGCUCGCGCUGGGCCGGCUCAGGCUCGCCGGCAGCAGGCCGGAAUUCGCGAGCGCGGACAAUCCGACGGCGAGGCAUCCGUCGCGGCUGACGCGCGGCCUGACGUUCCUGUAUCUGCCGGCGGCGAGCGCGAGGAUGCUGCUGUGCCCGAGCACGCUGAGCUUCGACUGGUCGAUGGACGCGGUGCCGCGCGUGACGAGCCCGCUGGACCCGCGGAAUCUCGAGUCCCUGUGCCUGUACGCCGUGCUGAUCGGCGCGGCCUUCUGGGCCGCCAGGGGUCUGCGGCGGCCGCGGCGGGACGCGGGUUCGCUUCUGCAGCAGCAAACGUACCCACGCUCGGCGUCCUCCAGGUGUCCCGUGUGCGCCGGCAGACGCACCGGCGGCUGCCACACGGACGGCUGCCGGGCGGCCAACAACAAUAACAACAGUCCGCUCGGCGACUGUCACUGUGCCAAGAGGCCGAACAGCAACGGCGGAGGCGCGAACGCGGGCGUGAACGCCGGCGGCCGGCGGACGGCGGCCGCCGCCGUUGCCGUCUCCCUGGGCUUCCUCGUGCUCCCGUUCCUGCCGGCGAGCAAUCUGUUCUUCUACGUGGGCUUCGUCAUAGCCGAGAGGAUACUGUACCUGCCCAGCGUGGGCGCCUGCCUGGUCGUCGGCGCCGCGGUGUCCGGGUGCUACCGGAUAGCGAGGAGAAACGGGUCCAGAACGCGCGGCAGGGCGGUGCUGCUGGGAACGGCGAUUCUCAUCGGCGUGAUGUCGGCGAAAACGCUCGUGAGGAAUGCCGACUGGAGGGAUGAGGAGAGCCUGUACAGAUCCGCGCUGCACGUCAAUCCUCCGAAAGCUUACGGCAACUUGGGCAGCAUUCUCAGCGAACAGGGACGAGUAGCCGAAGCGGAAGAAGCGUUCGUUCAAGCUCUUCGCUAUCGACCGAACAUGGCAGACGUGCACUACAAUUUGGGCAUCUUGCAGCAGGGCAGGAAGAAUUACGACGAGGCGAUUUUGAGUUAUCAACGAGCCAUUCAUUUCCGACCUUCGUUAGCUCAGGCUUAUGUGAAUCUGGGUGCCGCGUUGAUUUCGGUCGGACGGGGCACCGAGGCAGCUGCGGUUUUGCGCGCCGGUGCAUCCUUGGAUGGCUCCGGUCUGAAGGACAAAAGGGCUCACGAGGCGGCCAGGGUGCAGGCCCUCCUUCAAUUAGGCGCGCUGUAUGCCGAUCAGGGUAGAUUACAAAGAGCCCUGUCGGCGUACAGGGAAGCCCUGCGUGCCCUGCCGGAUCACUAUCCACCUCAGAGCGUGUACAAUCUGCUAGGCGAGACGCUGUCGAGGCUGCAACAGUAUGCGGAAGCGGAGCGGUGGUUCCAGGCGAGUUUGGCCAGCCAGCCUGACCACGUGCCGGCCCACAUCACUUACGGGAAACUUUUGGCACGGAACUCGAGCCGCGUCCUGGAAGCGGAGAGAUGGUUCCUGAGGGCCCGCAGGCUGGCGCCGGACGACCCCAGCGUGCACCAUCAUUACGGGCUGUUCCUGACGUCGCAGGGCCGACUGGUGGAGGCUGCCGAGGAGCAGCUGCGAGCGGCCGAGCUGUCGCGGUCCGAUUACGAGCUGUCGGUCGCGGCGGCCUCGGCGCUGAGGCAGGCCGAUCGUCGCGAUGAGGCCGAGGUCUGGUACCGACACGCGGCCAGCCUGAGGCCGCACGAGGCCCGCAGCCACACGAACCUCGGCGCGAUCCUACACCUGAACGGCAAGUACAAGCAAGCCGCCGCGGCUUACAAGGAGGCUCUCAGGUUACAGCCGGGCGACGCGACGACCAUAACGAAUCUGCACAAACUGGCGGCGAUCUUGGCGUGA